CUUGGGAAGAUGGCGGCGCUGGUGUUUGCAGGCGACGUGGAAGUGGGUUUACAGUCGGUGUUUCCGCAGGAACCGGAGUUGUUUGCUGAUGCUUUUCCUGUGCAGACCCGGUACCGGCUCUGUGGGCACGAGCUGAGCAUCACGCAGUACCACGGAGCGCGGCUGGGAGUAGCUGCUCCGGUCUGGGAGGCGGCUCUAGCUCUCUGUGAAUAUUUUGAAGCAAAGAAGGUGAACUUUCAGGAUAAGAAAGUGAUAGAGCUUGGUGCUGGGACAGGUGUUGUUGGGAUCCUCGCAGCACUUCUUGGAGGCCAUGUAACCAUCACAGAUCUUCCUGUAGCCUUGAAGCAGAUAGAGGAGAACGUCCAUCGGAAUUUGCCUGCACAAUGCAUUGCACGGACCAGGGUUUGUGCUCUAUCAUGGGGUCUGGACCACAAGGAUUUCCCUCAAAAUUAUGACCUCAUCCUGGGUGCAGAUAUUGUCUAUCUCAAGGACACUUACCCACUCCUGAUAAGGACUCUCCAGCAUGUAUGUGGUGCUCAAUCUAUUGUCUACUUGUCUUCAAAAAUGAGAGAGGAACAUAGUACAGCACUGUUUUUUGAGACUCUGCUCCCUAUGCACUUCACCACAAAACUCACCUUUAGGAAUGAGACUGAGAAUAUUAACAUCUACAAAGUGACCAGCAAGAAUUAAGUUGGUUAAAGACUACCUUUGGUCGUACACAGUGGAACAUUCAUUUUCCAUCUUUUUUUUAAAGAAAACAAACAUUGUGAUUUGAGAAUUCAGCAUGGAAUGAACUUGGUAUCUCUCACUAAUUUCUGUAAGAACAGAUCCUGUCUGAGAAACAGCAGCAAUUCUACCAAGCAUGUAUUGCCAGUGGAAAUUUAACAUAGGAGGUAGCCAUUCUCUCUACUGACUUCCUCCUCUUUUCCUGAAGAGACUGUGAGAGAAAUCUGAAGUUACGUCUUUAAAAGGUAAAGGUUCCCCUCACACAUAUGUACUAGUUGUUCCCGACUCAAGGGGGCGGUGCUCAUCUCCGUUUCAAAGCCGAAGAGCCAGCACUGUCCGAAGAUCUCUCCCUGGUCAUGUGGCCGGCAUGUCUAAACCGCCAAAGGCAUACAGAACACUGUUACCUUCCCACCAAUGGUGGUCCCUAUUUUUCUACUUGCAUUUUUUACGUGCUUUCGAACUGCUAGGUUGGCAGAAGCUGGGACAAGUAAUGGGAGCUCACCCGUUACACAGCACUACGGAUUUGAACCGCUGAACUGCCGACCUUUCUAUCAACAAGCUCAGCCACUGAGCACCGCAUCCCUAUUAUGUCUUUAAGAGUGUGUAUUUUCUAGGUGUGAUAUGGCUUUCAGGGAUGGCUCAUUUUGUUCUUUUUUGCAGGUAUGUUCAAAAGUGGCUAUCAGGCACCAAAUGGUUUGUGUGCAAAAGACAGAAUAGCAAUAGCACUUAGACUUAUAUACCGCUUUACAGUGCUUUACAGCCCUCUCUAAGCGGUUUAUAGAGUCAGCAUAUUGCCCCCAACAAUCUGGGUCCUCAUUUUACCCAACUCUGAAGGAUGGAAGGCUGAGUCAACCUUGAGCCUGGUGAGAUUUGAACUGCUAAAUUGCAGGCAGCUGGCAGGCAGCAGAAGUAGCCCACAGUACUGCAUUCUAACCACUGCGCCACUGUGGCUCAUAUGAAUGCAGUAGUUCUAAUGGUGAACAGAGGUGGACUCUUUGCUGCACUUAGGAAAAACUAUUCAUUUAUUUGAAUUGCAUGUCUGCCCUUUGACAUCUGAUCCUGGGUGAGAAAAACAGCAAGUUAAAAACACAUACUGAAGCACAUAACAUUUGGGGCAACAUAAAGGUCCACAUCAGAGUCAGGGCAUCUGAAUCUUAGGUGAUACGCUGUUUCACAGGGAUGAACAAAGAUACAUUUUGUAGGUCCCCUAAAAUGGUACUGUUGAAUGAAAAGGAUUUAGAACAUGUUCAGAAAUAAUUGGAAACAGAUGAUCCCACAAAUAAUCUAGAUCCUGAGUCAUGCAGAAUAACAACCAGCAUCUUGAACUGAUGCAGAAAUCUAUUAGGAGCUUAUGCAGCUCGCACAGUUGUAUUUACUCGGGUAUAGCAAGGUGGUCCCUACCUAUUGCUGUUGCAUUCUGGUUCAGUUAUAGGCUUCGUGUGAUUUUUCAAAAUUAGCUCUAUAGAGCAAAUUACAGUAGUGCAAAUACAAGUUGAUCAAAGCAUGUUUGACUAUCCUAAGGGCCUCCUGGUCCAGGCAUGGGUGCAAAUGAUGCACAAGAUGGAUUUGUGCAAAGGUUCUUUUUUUACUCUUAAACAGAAGUUGAAAGCCUAGGCCCUAGGAGAAAUCCCAGAAUUGCACACCAGUGGUGUCUGGGGCAAUGCAACCCCAUCCAGAACCAGUGAUGGAAAAUCUCCAGAUUUGGGGUGGGGUGUGUGGUUCUAAACCCCAUAACUAUUCAAAUUUUAUUAAGAUUGAGCCUAAGCUUGUUUCUCCCCAUUUGGGCCCCCGGAGCCUGCAGACCCUAAGAUAGAAGCUCAAUAGCAUCACUUGGUUUGUCAAGAGUCAAAAUAUUAGCAAUCAUCAGCACCCUUAUGACACCUGACCAUGUGCUGUCAUGAUUUCACCCUUACCCAGUAGGUUCAUGUAAUUUAAAUAGGAGUGGGGAAAGCCAAGAACUCUGGGACCUUGUAAAGUGGGACCAAGGAAGUCUAAGAUAAGCACCACUUCUAUCCCAGUCCUGCUAGAGGUGAUCCACAAGUAUGAUUAAUGCCAUCUCACUAUUAUACCUAGAGCUGAACCCCAAAUUAAAAGGACCUUCAAAGCUGCAGCUUAACCCACUUUCCCAGCAGACAAAUUGUCCAGUGUUGUUGGAUUUAAUGACUGCUUCUAGGGUAGGGAGUUUUUUUCCCCAUGAAUAAAAUUCUGAUUUUGCUCUUCAUCCUCUUCCAGCAACAUUUUAUCAUUUAAUCUCUAGCUAGAAGGUCCUUUGAAAACUAGGGCUCUCUGGAAUCAAGCCAUAGAGGCACAAUGUGGUCCAAGGCCGUCACACUCUCAAUCCAAAAUGGCAAUUAAGGCCGCAGUUAAACCACUAAUCAGAAUCUGAGAAACAAACUCAAGUUCCCUCUGAAAUCCACAGGGCUCCAUAAAAACUGUCCUAAGAAUGAUGUGGAAUUCAAGUGUUGGUUCUUGCUUAAAAGUACAAGUUCAAGAAUGUGCCAGCUAGGCAAAGUGAAGCAUAUAAUAUGUGCAGUAAAACACAUGGUGCCUUUUCUCAUUUUGAGAUAUUUUUAUGUCUUCCUCUUUACAAUAACUUAUACAAAGUGGAACGUGAUGUUUGUAUGUACCCGUAGACAAACGCUGCAUUUGUAUUUCCAACACUAUACUGUCCCAUUCAUUUAGGAAUCAAGGCUUCAGUCGAAUUUGUUGUAUACUGUAUCUUAAAAGAUGCUAGUGAUAUAUGUGUGUGUGCAUUUUGUAAAUAGAUUCUGCAUUGCAUAUCGA